GGCAACUAUUUUCGACACUGGAAUGGUGCUGGGGACCUUGGGACCCGGAUAAGACUGUGAACGAGCUUGGUUUGGAGGCCGCAACCGAAGUUUGACUCUGGCGAGAUGAGUGUGACCACGUUGGGCGCCAGCAGCGGCAGCGACAAGCACCGGCGGUUUGGCGCCAUCGAAAUGAGUUUCAAUCCAUAUCUCUAUACGUGGACGAGUCGUAUCCCAGGCGCCUAGGCGGCAGACAGUUCCACGAAACGUGCUCGAGUGUUUCUUCGACUGCGAUCCACUGAACGAGGGGGAUCUAUUGGGACAAUCGUCACGGCAACGGCGCACGCGGACUCGACGGCGUGGUUGUGCUCCGCCUCUUCGUCGCAUGAAGAUGAUCUGCAUGUUUUGAGGCAUGUUUACACACACUUGAUUGGUUCAUGGGACCGCCCCCGAGCUACCGACCCGCCGUCGUCACGUUGCCCGUGAUUCGCUGUCAAUUUGCACCCGACCAACAACGUCGACUUGGCCACGGCGGCGACACCAGCCACAAUGACCAGUCCAAACAACGAAUCGAGGGCCUGAGACUUGCACGAGUUCAUGCCGCGGUAGGUGAAGCGGAGACCGAACGUGAGGUUGAGGUCUCCCGUCAAGUCAAACAAUGCGUGCGACGUCGAGGCACCGCCUGCAGCAACGAACAUGUCGCCCGUGGCCAAACUGAGGUUGUCAUGUACUCAGCUGCAAGUGAAAACACUGGCGAUUCCGACGGUCACUCGCCUUGCCAUUCUUCGAGCCACACGACCGACGACUGGAAAUUCCAUGCAAUGCCAAAACAAGGAAGGCAGGGAUGCUGGGCAAAUUCGUCAACAAGCAGUCGCGAUGACUGUUUGUUUCAAUGAGUUUCUACUUUCGCG